AUUAAUUCAUGUAUGUGGUGAAUGCAGUCAAACUGAUAAAUGAUUCUUGUUCUUUAGGGCUAUGUAGACCGAGAAGGAAACCCCAUGGGGUUUGCUGGACUUGUUUCACACUUGCACUAUCACGAGCCUUCCAAUCUUGUUUUCGUCAGUUUUCUGGUAAAGGGCCUUUUCCAUAAUCUCUGUCAGCCAACCAGGAGAGGCUCAAAAUGUUUUUCUCAAGAUGUUAUGGAAAGGCUAGUGUUAGUCUUGGCACAUCUGUUUGGAAGAAGAUAUAUUCCAGCAAAGUUCCAAGAUGCAAAUCUCAAGUUUUAUCAAUCAAAGGUGUUCCUGGAGGAUCUCCCCGAGGACUUUAAGGCUGCCCUGGAUGAGUAUAACAUGAACGUCACCAAGGGCUUUGCCUCCUUCCUGCUGGUUGUUUCCAAAUUGGCAGACAUGAAACAGGAACAUCAGCUCCCAUUGUCAAAAAUAGAUUUCACAGGUGAAGAGUGUGAGGACUCCCAGCUCGUGUCUCACCUGCUGAGCUGCAAGGAAGGGAGAAGAGCUGUUUCUCCAUUUGCUUGUCUCUCUGGGAACUCUGAUGCUGAUUUGCUCCAUCCAGAAACUCCGGACCAUGUCACUCAGUGCACAAUCGGUAUCAGUAAUAUCUCGGCUCCUGUGCUGUGGCCCCAGAGACUUGAUAACCAAGGAAGGAGGAUGCCGCUCAACGCUUAUGCACUUGAUUUCUACAAGCAUGGUUCCUUGUUGGGACUAGUCCAAGACAACAGGAUAAACGAAGGAGCUGCCUAUCAGUUGCUGAAGGACUUUGCCCUCACCAUUCAGUCUAUCAGAAUGUCCUUGUGACAACAGUGGACCACCUGGGCCCUCCGGAUUAAUCUCCGUCUCGAACUCAGCUGAUUAGCAACUUCACUCGCAUUUGCAGCCCUGACUCUCCACGUGACCCACCAGUUUCUGCAUGUCUAGGGAUUAGGAUGUGGACCCCUUUGGAGGACCAUUAUUCUAUUCACCACACCCCAUGUUCUGUAUUUGCUCACAUCUCUAGGUCACGGGAGGAUUAUUUUGCUUUUUUGUAGAGGCAGUUGCCUGUGGGUGUAUGUGUGUGUGUGUGGGUGGGUGCAUGCAUGUACAUAUGUCUGCAUGCACACGUGCAUGUAUGCGUGUGUGUACAUGCGUGUGUGCACGUAUGCACUUAUGCAUGUCUGUGUGGAUGGACAUACAGGGUUCUGAGAUACAUAUGCUCCUGGUCAGUCUUUCAUCAUCUGGUGGGGUUUACUUCACUCUGCCUCCCCAGGGAGAGCUCUUCUGGCCCCGAGUCUCAGCAGCAUGGGCACUUUUUACCUGU